ACGGUAGUGAGCCACUGCUGUGGCCCGUGUGUGCUGCCAAGUGCCAGUGAGUUACGUAUUGGUACUUAUUUCUUAGAUGGGUGUUCCCUCGCUUUUUUUUCUCCGCUUGGCGCCCUGACCAGGGUUCUCGUGCACCCGAUUUGAUCACUUAUACGUUGGGCACGACUCCAUACGCAGGGGAAACCCACACUCUCUGUGCCGCCAGGAUCACCUGCCCACAGGAGAUAAGGAGGACGACAGAAAAAGUCAUCGAUGGAGGGGGUUCCAACUUUUGAAGGGGACAAUGACUUGUCCUUUGAGGACAGCGAUUCUGCUUUCCCAUCGUUGUGUUUGACUCCCCCAGGCCACCAGGGGGGGUAUGACCUGGAGCAGAGGAGGCAGGUCGAGGAUGAGGAGCAGGCCGUGGAGAGCUUCAUCGCCCGCAUCGACCCUGAUGCUGCACUGAAUUAUAACACCAAUGCAACAACCAGAGGAGAUGCUCAGGCCUAUGUGGAGCUGAAUGAGCUUCAAGGAGGCAUCUGGCAGGAGACAGGUCGAUGGGCCGGCUACGAGGAGAGCUACAACCCAGACUCUGGGAAAUGGGGCGACUCCCACGUCUCCUACCUCACCUUCAAAAGCCUGAUCCAGCUCCGCAAAGCCAUGAGCAAUGGUGCAAUACUCCUGGACAUCAACGAGGGAGGCUUAUCCGGUGUCCUGGACAGCCUGGUGGACGAGCUACUGAACAAGGGAGAGAUCCGUUCCAGUGACCGCGAUGGCCUGCUAAGUGCGCUGCGCCAGAGACGAAGCCAAACAAACGUUUCAGAAGGUGCUGGAGGCAUUGAAAUGCAGACCUUUUCAGUGACUAAGCAGCGAGACUCAGCUGAGGCUGUAGAGGCUUCGAUUGUUCUCUCAGGGGCCAUGGACAGUCUGCAGAAGCCAGUGGUGGCCUUUGGUAGGCUGGCCAACUCGGUGGUGAUGGACUCUGUCCUGGAGACUCCGGUGCCUGUGCGCUUCGUGUUUGUGCUGGUGGGGCCCAGCAGCAGUGGCAUGGACUACCAUGAGAGCGGACGAGCCAUGGGUACACUGAUGGCUGACUGGGUAUUCAGCCUAGAAGCAUAUCUGGCACAGACCGACAAAGAAAUAACCAACGCCGUGGCGGACUUCAUGGACUGCAGUAUCGUCAUCCCGCCAACUGAAAUCCAAGACGAGGCUAUGCUGAGGCCAAUCAUUGACUUUCAGCAGCAGAUGCUGAAGGAUCGCGUGCGUCCAGUAGACACAAGGAUUUACUUUGGAGACAGGGCAGUAGCCGCAGGUGGACCUGAGGAGCCUCGUGAGGACCCCCUGGCCCGUACAGGGGUGCCGUUUGGGGGCAUGAUCAACGACAUCAAGCGCCGCUACCGCCACUACAUCAGCGACUACACAGACGCGCUCAACCCCCAGGUCCUAGCCGCCGUCAUCUUCAUCUACUUUGCCGCCCUGUCUCCCGCCAUCACCUUCGGAGGACUUCUGGCCGACAAGACGGAGCACAUGAUGGGCGUCUCCGAGCUGAUGAUCUCCACCUGUGUCCAGGGUGUCAUCUUCUGUAUUUUUGCCGCUCAGCCAGUCCUGGUCAUUGGUUUCACCGGACCUUUACUGGUGUUCGAAGAAGCUUUCUUUCAGUUCUGCAAGAGCCAAGAGCUGGAGUACAUCGUGGGCCGUAUCUGGGUGGGCAUGUGGCUGAUCUUGAUUGUGGUGAUCAUAGUGGCAGUGGAGGGCAGCUUCCUGGUCAAGUUCAUCUCGCGCUUCACACAGGAGAUCUUCUCCAUCCUCAUCUCCCUCAUCUUCAUCUAUGAGACCUUCGCCAAGCUGGGCAGGAUUUUCAAAGCCCACCCACUGAUUCUGAAUUAUAAACACCUGGACGUGGAUGCGAUUGACCCUUUCUACCAUCCUGUUAACAUUACUGUUAAAACCGAGGAUGGAAAUUUAACCACUAUCGAAGUGCAUGAGGACCGUGCCUACCCCAACACUGCCCUUCUCUCCAUGUGUCUGAUGUUUGGAUGCUUCUUCAUCGCCUACUUCCUCAAACAGUUCAAGAGCGGGGUCUUUCUUCCUGGCUGGCUGCGUCGCAUGAUUGCAGACUUCGGGGUGCCAAUUGCAAUUUUCUUCAUGAUUGCUGUGGACAUCUCCAUCGAAGACGCCUACACCCAGAAACUGGUGGUGCCCAAGGGUCUGACCGUGUCCAAUACCACAGCGAGAGGCUGGCUCAUCGACCCCAUGGGAGAGAGGAAGCCAUUCCCCGUCUGGAUGAUGGUGGCCUCCUUUGGCCCUGCCCUCCUGGUCUUCAUCCUCAUCUUCAUGGAGUCCCAGAUCACCACGCUGAUUGUGAGCAAGCCCGAGCGGAAGAUGAUCAAGGGCUCCGGCUUCCACUUCGACCUGCUCCUGCUGGUGGCCAUGGGGGGUGCGGCGUCCAUCUUCGGCGUGCCCUGGCUCAGCGCUGCCACUGUGCGCUCCGUCACCCACGCCAACGCCCUGACCGUCAUGACCAAGGGCCCCAAGGUGGAGAUCGACAAGGUGGUGGAGCAGAGGAUCAGCGGUAUCCUGGUCUCCAUGCUGGUUGGUGUGUCGAUCCUCAUGGAGCCGAUUCUCAAGAUGAUCCCCAUGACAGCUCUGUUUGGUAUCUUCCUCUACAUGGGUAUUACAUCACUGAAUGGCAUCCAGCUCUGGGAUCGCAUACUGCUCCUGAUCGUGCCAAAGAAGUACCACCCCAAACUGCCCUAUGCCACCAUGGUUCCCACCCUCAAGAUGCACUUGUUCACGCUAAUCCAAGUGGUAUGCCUGGCUGUCCUGUGGGUGGUGAAGUCCAGUAAUUUCUCCCUGGCCCUGCCCUUCAUCCUCAUCCUCACCAUCCCCCUACGCAUGCUGUUGACGGGAACCCUCUUCAGCCGAAAUGAGAUCAAAUGUCUGGAUGCCGAUGACGUGAAGGUGGAGCUGGACGAGGAUGAGGUGUAGACGGAUCUAAUCACCGCCGCCUUCAAAGGCCGUCCUCUCAACU